UCCCCGCUCCCGGCACCUCUGUGCUUCGGUACCUGGAAGCAAGGGGCACCUGGGCGCACACCGCACCUUGCCACCCCCGCCCACUUCUCAGACGGUUACCUCGGCCGGCUUAGGGCUGCGGCUUGGCCAAGGUCGCCGGGAAAGCUAGACCUUGGCGGCCGGCCCCACCCCCCGAGUCCAGCCCGCGGCCGCGGUCCCAGCCCCUGGCGCGCCCUACUCACCAUGCUGGCGCGGGUCCGCGCCCCUCGCGCACUGCAGCUCCCUUGCGCGGAUUUGAACCCUCCCUCCAGAGCGCCGGCUCCAGCCGAGACUGCGAACCAGGAUGGAGCGGCCAGGCGGCAGGCGCCAGGAAAAACGCGGGCGGACGGGCGGGCGCCAGAGCCGGAUUGGCGAGGAUGGGACGCGUUCGGCAGCGCUCGCCGGCCUGCCGCACAGGCGGAGGGAAAACCCGGCCUGACUCACCCGCGCGCGGCGGGCUCACCGCCCGGCCCGGGCCCCCGGAUGUGGGGGGCGGGGACGGGGCCACCCCCGCCCACUGCGUGCCAACCUGAGCCCCGCCCGGGCUCGGGGCUGCAGCCUAGCCCUGCCCGCCGAGACGCCGCGCGGCUGCGGCGCCCGAGCCCCCUGCCGCCUGCGCUCUGCGCCGCGGCCGCCCGUGCGCGCCAGCUCGGACCCGGGCCAGUCCCAGCCCGAGGCGCGGCCGAUGCUCCCAGAGGGCGCGCGGCCCGCCCCGCUCCUCCGCCGCCGCCGCCUCCGCUCUCUCGGCCUCGCCAGCACGUCUCGGCUCCGAAGAGGCGCGUUCCGUCCAUCACCUCCCUGAUCCUCGCCGCCUCCUCUCAGCCUUCUAGGGGGAGCAAAUUCAGAAACCUUCAGGGAGCAGGCAAAUAAUGUGAGUCCAACGGGCUCAGAAGUAGAAGACAGUAGAAGAGAUGGAAACCGAGACGUGGAUGGACACCUAAAGGCAUUCAGAUUCAAAUAUUAAAACACUGCGUCUUCCACGAAAAGUUAUAAACAUAUAGUGAGGUGUGACCCAGCACUUCCACUCCUAGGUAUAUACCCCAAAGGACUGAAAACAGGGACUCAGACACUUGUGCACGGAUGUUUGUGGCAGGACCAUUCACAAUAGCCCAAAGGCGGAAACAACCCGUGUGUGUAUCAACAGAUGAGUGGGAACACAAAAUACAGUUUACCCCUAGAUGGAAUAUUAUCGAGCCAUAAAAAGGAAUGGAGUCCUAAUGCAUGCUACCACGCGAAUGAUCCACCAACUUUGUUGUGAAAGAAACCGGACACCAAAGACCACGUGUGGUAUGAUUCCACUUAUGUGAAGCAGAUAAAUCCAGCAGAAGGCAGAUGAGGGCCAGAGGCUGUGGGGAUGGAGGAAUGAGGAGUGACUGCGGAUAAUGUAUCAGAAUCAGAUAGAGGUGGUGGUUGCACGACAGUGUGAAUGCAUGAAAUGUCGUUAAAUUCUACACUUUAAAAAUGGUUAAUUUGGGGACUUCCCUGGUGGUCCAUUAGUUAAGACUCCGCACUCCCAAUGUCAGGGGCCCAGGUUCGAUCCCUCGUCGCGGAACUAGAUCCCAAAUGCUGCAUGCUGCAAUGAAGAUCCCACACGCAGCAAUGAAGAUCCCAUGUGCUGCAACUAAGACCUGGCGCAGCCAAAAAAAAAGGUUAAUUUUAUGUUAUGUAAAUUUUACCUCAAUUAAAAAAAAAGACGUUAUAUUACCCAUGAAUCAGAUUUGGGCCACAGGCCACCCGUUUGCAAUCCCUGUCUUCUAUGCUGCCCUUAACAAUGUCCUAACGAUACAAGUGCCAGA